CUUCAUUUGAAGGUAUGUUGGUAAGUACUGUAAGUAUGAGACCUGAGGCGUGUCUAGCUAGCUGCGGCAGUUAGCCCCGGCCUGUCAUACACGCGGCAGACCAGGAGGGGCUAUCCUUCUCGUCAGCAAAUGGAGAAAGGAACUGUAUGCUCCUGUGCCGCGGCCUCAGGCGGUCGGUCGUCAUGAGCAAAGUCAGCCAUUUUAUUCCAACGUUUGGAAACGAGAGGGAAACAUCACAGUGUAAGGUACUCAUAUACUAUAGGGAACAUACGGAUCGCUUCAUGAGGUGAAUGCAAUAUGUAGAAGCGCGAGAAGCGCGCAGGGCUUUCGCAUUUCGUCUGCAAGACCAUGGCGAGUUUGCAGUCCGCGGGUGCCCCGGGCAGCGUCCCUCCCCUCCUGGAUCCCAGCAAGCUAAGCAUUGGACGAGUGCUUGGCCGGGGCGCCUUUGCCACAGUGUACCUUGCAACUUACGAAGGCAUCGGCCCAGCAGCGCUCAAGGUUGCCGUCCCCGCCUCUAAGCGCCUACCGCCUGUGUUUGAAAGACUGUUCAUGAACGAGGUUUCCCUCCUUUGUCGCCACAGGCACAGGCGCCUGGUGAAAUGCUAUGGGCUUCUAAGGCUGCCGCCGGGGUGGCUGCCUGGAAUCCAAGCUCAGGCAGCUCCGAUACCCGCAUGCCUGCUGGAGCUGUGUGAGGGUGAGACGCUGCGGGAUGUGGUACUACACGCCAAGGCCGGCCGCCGUCCCUACAGCGACGCCACAGCGCUGUCGCUGCUGCGUGACGUGACAGAGGCGCUGGCGGCGUUGCACGCGGCGUCGCCGCCCGCCAUUCACCGCGACGUGAAAGCUGAGAACAUUCUGCUCAAGCGCGAGGGACUUACGCCGGCAGCAGCAGGCGCCGGCGGUGGCUGCGCCGCGUCAUCGCUGCCGGCGGUGGCAUCUGGAGGUGGCGAGGGGCAGGAGCAGCCGUACCAGCAGCUGACGGCGCGGGUGGCGGAUCUGGGUCUGCACGUGCGGGUGGAGCAGCAUCGCUCCGUGAUGCUGCGACGCCGCGGCGCGGCCUCGCUGGACGGCUCCGCCUUUGUGGCCAUCUCGCGCCACAACUCCUUCGGGCCGCACCACCGCGCUGACACCGAGCACCCCGGCGUGCUGCCGACAGCUCACCGCUUCGCCGCCGACAGCGCGGGCGGCGGCGGAGGCAGCUACCACAUGCCUGUAAUGCCUGCUGCGCUUGGCGCGCCGGCCUCCGGCGCCCCUGCCGACGACGUCACACAUCCGCGGGCCAUGUACGGCGGGGGUGCGGGCACCCAGGCGGCGCUGCCGCCGCCCACCAGCGGCGCCUUGUCCCAUGUUGCCUGCAGCUGCGAUGACGCGGGCGGACGGCAUCUUGAAUCAAUCUCAGAAGCGGUGCGGGUGGUCGCGGCGUCGGCUGCGGCGUCCGGCGCACCGGUCGCGCGGCCGGAGGCUGGCGGUAGUAGCGGUAGCGGCGAUGGUGCUGGCGGGGGCGGGGGCACGGGCCAUGCAUUGCAUCUGGAUUCGUGGCUAAACUCCGGCUUGUAUGAGGAGACAAGCGCAGACGGGCGGCUGCCGGCUGCGGCAAGUCCACCCAUGCUCGAGGUCGCGGCCACGAGCCCUGUUGGCGGAACACCCACUGUCAAGAUCACGAGUGUGGUGGAAGCUGCCCUCAGCUUGGGCGGUGGUGGCGACAGUGGCAGCAGCGCAGGCGGCGGCUGCUCCAUGCACACACCAGGCCAGCACCUGCCGGUUGGGGCCCCGGCGGCGGCUACGGGCCGCUUGGUGGGCGGCACGUCGUCGCGGCGCUCGCGCUUUGGCAGUGCGCAGCCGGUGGGCUUUCCUCCGGAGCCGGCCUCCGCGCUGUGCUGUCCUCUCGAACCUCAGCACACUGAUGCACUCCUGGCCACCGCUGCGGCAACGCCGCAUGCCUUGCUGGCGGACAGUGCCAACUGCGCCGCUGGCACUUCGGUUACUGCCGCUGGAAGCUCGCCCGCAGCAGCAGAGGCUGCGGCGCCUCAGGUGCAGCGCGCAUCGGGCGGGGGCCGAAGCCUGCACCAGCGCACCAGUAGCUUUGAAGUCACAGGGUCUCCGGUCAUGACAUCGGUGCAACGCGAGAGCGUGGAGAGCGGCCGCGGCGGCGGCAUAGCACUGGGCAGCCUUAGCCGGUCAAUGAGCAUCAUGAUCCCAGCAGUCGACACGGCCCCCGAGGAAGCCGCGGCCGCAGCUACAACGGACGAUAGGCAGUCCGGGGAACCGCAGGCGGCUGGGAGAGCGCAGAACGCAACGUCAACCCAGCAGCACACGUUGCCAGCCGACGUGCUGUCGCCUAUGCCCGUGACGACACCGGCCGGAUUCGCUCAGCCACUGCAACAGCCAUCAGCAGGUCUGCACCGGCUCUAUCCCGUGCCAGCAGCAGAACUCACAGCAUCGGUGCAGCCUCCUGCUGCCGCGAUUACACAGCGGUCCUCCGGUGGCAGCAGUUCGGGCGCGUGCAGGGCGUCCUUUGGGUUGGAGCUUGAUCAGCGGGAGGUGGCAGCAGGCGACGUCAGAGGCAGCAGCGGCGGUGGUGGACGCGGGGAGCAGCCUGGUACCGCCGCCGCCGUGGCCGUGGCCGCCGCCAUCGACCUCGACGCGGUGGUGGCACGGCGUGAGGUUGGGGCUGCUCCAGCCCUUGUCCCAGCGUCUCUGGCCGGGCCAAGGUCCAGCAGCAGCGGGCUGAACCUGCAGCAGCAGGCGCCCAGCUCCAAGUUGCUAGCGCCGCCGUGGCUGAAUGCCACGGCACCAGGCGGCUCGGCUGCAACUGCCACGAGCGGCAAUGGCAGAGCCGCGGCUGGUGAUGUGCAAAGCCGCGCAGCCACGGGCACCGGCAUCGCCAGCGGAGGCACGGGCGUGUGCGGGCCCGCAACAUCGUUUGUGGGCGGCGAUUCCUCGCUCGGGGCCUCAUCACGUGAAGCCUCGUCACAGCAUUUCGGGUUUCAAGCCGCAUUUGGCCCCGCUGCCGCCGCAGCGGCGGCACCAGCAGCCUCCUCGCCCGUAGUCCAGCACUUCGCCAAGACAACUGCCGGCGCUGCCGCAGUAGCAGUAGUAGUUGGUCAAGGAGCCGCAGCCGUGCCGGUGUCGGCUAAUCCUGCCACAGCCCACACGGCCGCAGAGUCCACGUCGGCUGUUACCCGUGUGGGCUUCCCGGCCGGCGCCCCGCCCCCGCCCCAGGCCCAGGCAGGUGUGUCAGCGCCGCGGCGGCCGCAAGCCGGUCAGCCGCAGACAGCGCCGCGCACGCCACUGGCCUCACCGUUUGCCACAGGGUUGCAGAAGUCGGGUACCACGCAGCCGGCGCCGCGCACGCUACCUGUGGGCACCAACGUCCACGGCCAGGGAGCGCUUCCGUCACCGCAUCACACCGCCGGCGUGGAUGGCAAUGCCGGAGGUGGCGCUGUAGGCCAACAGGACCGCGCCGCCACAGCCGCAGCCGCCCUGGGGGUUAGUAUCUGCGCCGGCAACGCCGGUCGCGCCGGCGUGCGGGCCCUGGGCGGCAUUGUGACGUCACCGCCGAAUCCGCCUUCACCACAUGGACGCCAUGCGAAUGCUCGCGCACCCUACAAAGGCGCUAAUGGCCGGCCGUCAUCUCUCGGCGUUGUCAGCUUGCCGUCGGCGUCCGCGGCUUUGGGCGCCGCCGGCAGCCCUGCCGCCACAGCUGCUGGCGGCGCCGCUGCCUGCGGCCCUGACGGCGCCGCCAGCCGCCAAUACUCCCGCCCUGGCAGCGCCGCGUCAGUGCUGAGCAUUGGCGUGCUGCAGGAGGACUCUUUCGUGAGCCUCUUCAGCGGCAGCGGCAACGCCGCGGUCAGGAGCUCGGCGGCGGGCCUCCGCCGGCGGUCUACCGCCACCACCGCCCUGGGGCUGUCCGGCCGGCUGCCGGGGCGGUUCGUGACCAUGUCGCAGGGUGUGGCGCCGUUCAGCCGGAGCAGCCGUGGCAUGAGCACUGCAGCCGGGGCGUCCGUCGGCAGCCAUCACGCGCCGUCGAUCGGGGCGGCGAGCGGCGGCGGCGGCGGCAACCGGGACAGGAGCUUGCGGCCGCGGCAGCAUACCCACGACGGUGGUGCGCAUGACAGCGUAAUGGAUCGCUACGGCUCGGAGCCGCUGCCGCCUUUCGGCUCAGCUGUGCCCAAUCCUCGCGUGACGAGCAACCGGGCACCUUUGGGCGUGCUUGUGGGAGUCGGGCCGGGCGCCAGCGGCGGCAGCAGGGCGGUGACGGGUGACUGCUACGCAGACCCUGAUGCCCAGGACUCACAUCCCGGCGCGGGUGGAACGUUGCGCAGAGAUAUGGGCUUGAGCGGACUAACCGGUGAGGCCGACUUUGGUAAGGAAGAAGAGGAGGGAGAGGAGGAGGAGGAGGAGGAGGAGGAGGAGGAGGAGGAGGAGGAGGAGGAGGAGGAGGAGGAGGAGGAGGAGGAGGAGGAGGUGGAGGUGGAGGUGGAGGCGGAGGAGGGGGCUGUGGAGGUGGCGGCGGCGGAGGCCAUGCACCAGCUGGAGGUGUCGCCCGGGUCCGUGACCAAGCACAUGCGGCGCCUGCAAUCCAUCACGUCGCUGCUGGGUGGCGGCGUGGCCGGCGGCGGCGAUAGCGGCAACGGCGACGGCGGGGGCAGCCCCGUCCUGCCGCAGCACGAAUGGCUUCACUUCGUAUUCAACCUGACGGGCCAGGCGGGCUCUCACAUGUACAUGGCGCCAGAGGUGUUCCUGCGCCUGCCCUACAACGACAAGGUGGACGUCUUCUCAUUCGGCUGCCUGGCCUACGAGGUGCUGGGCCGCCAGCUGCUGCUGGUCAAGUACGUGGGCGGCACCGCGGCCGGCCGGGCGCUGGGCGUCAAGCUGCCGGCAGAGUACGCCGCCAAGGUGGCACUCGGCUUCCGGCCGCCGCGCCCGGCCGGCCACAUCACUGACGACCAGUGGGACCUCAUCUGCGCCUGCUGGCACCCCGACCCCUGCGAGCGGCCGCCCAUGGCGGAGGUGGCGGCUCGGCUCGGACGCAUGCUAGCGGCGCUGCCGCCGCCCUCGCCCUUGCGGCCGCACACGGCGGGACGCAACCUUGCGCAGGGCUCGGCCAGUCAGGGAGCUCCGAGUGGCGCGGCGGCCGGGCUGCAGGGAGGCAGCGGCGACAGGCAAACACAGCAGCAGCAGGGCUGCGGUUGCGGCUGUGUCAUUUGCUAGGGAGGGGUGGUGGUGAUGCCCCAGCGUACUGUUAAGAUUGAGGCAUUGUAAUUAGAGCCUGGGCUCAACAUUUCAGCGACAGGACUCAGAAAAGAACCCCUGCACUGGGGCCUGUCCCGAUUGGUACCCUGAUAUUCGUGUCAGUUGUGUGACUAUGAGAAUGCGUUGUCGUGGUUUCUGGCUUAAUCAUAACCAGUAAGAGCAGGGUUGUUUCAAAUCGCAGAACGCAUCGGUAUAGUAUUCUUCCUCGCGCGCCGGGCCGUCAAAGCAAGGUCCUGGUCGCCUAUCGUCAUGCUGCACCUAUGCACUCUUCCACGCCAUGCUCCGAAACUUAACGCGUUAGCCUUUAACUUGGGAGGAACAUUUGUACAUCUAAGCGGUUAUUCAUUACCUGAAUCGGAUGUUGCGUGCAUUGGGUAGCGUUAGCAGCGGUAGUACGACCGACAAGGCUGGCUGGCAAGGCUUACGGGUAGCUGUGCUGACCGAGAUAUGUGGAGAGAGAGUCGAGGUGGUGGCCAGCGUUUUUGCUGUGCAGCUCUUUCCCCUGCUUGGCGACCCCGACCCGGUCACCGGUCCGGGAGGUUGUGCGCACGCCAGCAUCCGCAGUACCUUUGGUCCAACGUAUGUCACGACUCUGGCACUCUGAUCAUGCACAGACUUCAGUCGCCAUUACUGUACGAGCCUCCAGGGGCCUCCCCUGUACGCCUCCUUUCACCUCAGCUCUACGCCGCGCAUGGGAAAAGUGGGCUGCGCAUGCGCACACCUGCUGGCGUGGGACGGUUAGUCUCCCCGUACCAUCAGCCAGCCCACUGACGCACCGUCAAUUUUGCGAAUGCUUAUUAUUUUGCUUCGUUUACGCCUAUUUCGGGUGAAUACCUGUUAGGGGAUGUGCAUACUGGCGCACAUAGCAAGUGAUGAAGAUGCUUUGAUAUAAUCUCUGCCAGCGGGGUUUUGGGGUCUGAGGUUUACUGCUCGAGUACAGUCGUGGCACGCGGAAAGGUGGCAGCCUGCAGGCGCAUCCUUGGCUGUUGCGGAUGCAUGGUCGUGUGACGUCACCGCGUGUGCCUGCGGCGCAGGGUGAGCUUCUCUUGGGCGACCCAUCCAACAGAGUUCUGGAAGCCGCAUGGGGUGAGCAUGGCAAUGCCAAAGACAGCGAAAAUGAAGUAUCUUACUGUAUGACUCGUGGCAUGGGGGUUGCCGCGCGCCAGGGGAGUUCAGAGGGUGGGGACUGCCGCUGGUUGUUUCGGGGACUGGGGUAUGCGUGGUGGGGGUUGGUGUGUUGGUGUGUUUUAGUGCCGAGCGGCGAAGUCCGGUGAGGCAACAUGCAUUUAGCAUGAGAAGCCCGUCCCCGUGAGCGAGAAAGAAGUGGUCCAAAAGCCACAUCAUGGAUGAUCAUGAUGAAUUGGUCUGUAUGCAAAUGAGAGACGCAUUGAGCGGAGCGUGGCUGCAGAUAGGUUCACUGUGGCGUGCGUCUGGGGCGGUUGCCAAAUGUCAACCUGGUAAGGCUCCUAGGGGUGGACCGGGGUAGAUGGUCUGGGGCAGCGGGGGAACCUUGAAAUGGCCCACACGAGCACCGCGUGUGGUGCGAGAUGGAGCUGCCAAGGUUAUAGUAUAACCAGGCGUGCAAAUGCAUGUUGUUCAUGCGCUGUACCUGCGCGGUGGUGUGUUUCUGCAGAGCAUUGUGUGAUUAGCUCCCUAUGUGGGA